AUGUACCAGCCCCGGGCCACAUUAAGUGUCGAGACCACCCUUGAACCGACACAAGCCGCCCCUGCCAUAUCUCCCUGUAGAUGCGAUGGUGAGGCAGGCUCUGGAUCAGAUGGAUAUGUACCUAGCCGCUCGCCAGCUGCUUCCGUCGAAGCUAAUCUACGAGCUUUGGGAGGCACGUUGCCAACGAGCAAAUCCAUAGAGGCUGAUGGCGCUGCUACCUCCAUUAAGCGUAGGAAGGACAGGAGAGCUGGACGCAUCUCACCGAUCAUCGCCAAGGUGGAGAAUAUCGGUAGCCCAGAGACUCUCGUACGCCUAUGGGACAGCUGCAGGGCAUCGAGGGCUCGAGAUCAGAGUAUCGUUAGUGGGACGCGACAGAUCCUACCUGUCGAACCGGAAGGUGACUUGGAUGGCCCGUCUGUGCUGGAACGACUUGAAUCCCUCAAAGAGCAGGCGGCUGCAACGAGUUCAAGCAUUCACUUUUCCAUUGCUGUCAAGCGCUAUCACCAUACUCAGAUGGUCCAUUUAUACAACAGGGCGAGAGACCUUGACGAGACGACGAUUGAGGUGGCAGAUCCAGGCAGCGCCUCCCAGUCGCUGGUUGACCAAUUUGCCGAGAGGCUCUUCCCCAGCGCCUCAGCAGCAGAAAAGCAGGCUGGUCAGGGGCCGAAACUCAAGAGGAAGCCGCUUAAGAGCGCUUUCAACAGGUGGCUGACCCUCGGGAAUAAGCUGGCCACACUAGUUGCCAGACAGCAUCCAAGCCCUCACAGCAGUGCUUCUCAGUCUGGUCACAUGGGGUAUCCUGCCCGUGGCGAGAAUUGGCUUGAAACGUAUACAUCUGCGUCGCAGGUUCGAAAACUGGCUUCCGAGCCCAUGUUUCUGGGGGGCCUGUUGUCUUGGUGUGCUGGCGCAGAAUCCGACCUGGACCUGUUGACGCAGCCCGCUCGCCAUUCGGCGACUGAACAGCGCGACAGCACGGCCGAUGCGGACAGCCUUCCAUUCGACGCCGACGACUGA